GUCUAAAACAUGCCUUCCCCACUUGAGAAAGGGUACAAACCCCCAUAUCCUGAACCUCAGCCCACCUAUGAAUCUGAAUCCCUUGUGGUUCAAAAAUCAUUGUGCUUAUACCAUUUCGAAAUACGGGAUGUCCAUGUGCGUCUUGGGAAUGGCAGAAGAAUUUAGAGGAGAAGUUGCUGUCAAUGCUUUAUGGCCUAAAACAGCCAUACAUACAGCUGCUAUGGAUAUGCUAGGAGGAUCUGGAAUAGAAAAACAAUGCAGGAAAACGGACAUCAUUGCAGAUGCUGCAUAUUGCAUUUUAACAAAACCAAAAAGUUUCACUGGAAACUUCAUUAUUGAUGAAGUUCUGCUGAGAGAAGAAGGAGUUGAGGAUUUUGAUGCCUAUGCAAUUGCACCAGGUAACCCCCUGGUGCCUGACUUCUUCUUGGAUCUUGAAACUGACAUGACAGGCAGGAAACAAGAAGGAUAUGGUGGUUCCCAAGCAUUCAAGGAGGAAAAGAAACUAAGCGGAUCCCAGCAAGAAGGAUCAGAAUCUGCUGCAGCCAAGCUGUUGAGUCCUGUUGCAGAAACAUUCAGAGUUAUUCAGGGAGCAAUAACUGAAGAGUAUGUGAGAACCACUCAGGGCAUCUUUCAGUUUGAGUUAUCUGGUGAUGAAGGAGGCAUCUGGUACAUUGACCUGAAAACCAAGGGGGGGAGCACUGGUUCCGGGAAGCCUCCUCUGAAGGCCGAUGUGGUUAUGAGCAUGUCGAGCACCGACUUUGUGAAAAUGUUCACAGGUAAACUAAAGCCAACCCUGGCCUUCAUGACAGGAAAAUUAAGGAUUAAAGGUAACAUGGCACUGGCAAUAAAGCUUGAGAAGAUGCUGACACAGCUUAACUCUAAACUGUGA